AUGCCUUGUUCCCCUGGCUUCUUCGAUUAUGCACCUUGCGGGUUAGGCACAUUGACUCUACGACAGGUCACCAAAUGGCUUGUUCUCCCCGUCUCCCUCUUCUGUUUGCUCUACAUCCUCAGUCACUUGGGCGCUUUGAAGGCAAGCUUUGCCAACACCAGACAAAGCUUCAACUUUGUGAAGUUGGCACGAGUAAUGCCAGAGCGUAAACGACUGCUCACCUACCUCGAGGAAUACCACCGUCUGAACAUGAGGUUGGAGACCUGUCCGACGUUCUGUAUGUCCAGCAGUGCAAGUGUUCCAAUGAAAAUGAACGCAACGGAUCCGCUGGAACUGAGGCCGCCUGUUCCGCUGAUCACAGCUCGACCCUCCUUCCAUUCAAAUACGACUUGGAGCGGACUGUAUCCCGGCGGUCUCUGGAGCCCCCUCAGCGUUGGCAACAGCAAUUGCACCCAACAGUCCGGCCUCGCGGUUGUCAUCCCCUUUCGCAAUCGACACCGGCAACUCAACACCAUGUUGCCCAUACUGCAUCAGGGCCUGCGUCGUCAAGGGGUGAUACCAUAUGCCUGUCCCCGGGACCCCAACGAACCGCCUCUUCACAUGUCGGCCAACGUGAGUCAGUUCGGCUGGAAGCUGCUCUACCGAGGCCUGGUUGGCGGCGUGUUGCGCAUCUCGACGGCCCAAUUCGUCCGCGUCAACGGCUACUCAAAUAUGUAUUGGGGCUGGGGGGGCGAGGAUGACGAUUUGCACACUCGGCUUGUCACCACGGAAAUCGGCUUCAAACGAUUACCCGGCGAUGUUGGCGUCUACUACUCACUUCCGCAUCCGCUGGCGCAGCGUCACCUCAAAAAGACCUUACGCGAUAGUAUUCUGCUCAACACGAGCCAUGCACGAUUUAAACACGACGGUCUCUUACAGCUUCGCUACCAACUGACUAAAGUCACGCCCAUGCCAGCACUCACGUGGUUGGUCGUCAAUCUAAAAUAUAUGGAUAAUGACGAUUUUAUCGUUUAG